AUGAGCGAGUCACCAGGCGUGGAGUGGCUGCCGGCCUACAGUCCGGGUCCACCUCGCCACAGCCCUCUUGGUCCAAUUCCUCGAUUUCUAUACGAAGAUGUGCAACCUUCUUGUCUUCUUCAGGAAAAUAACAACAAGGAGGCGGAGCUUAAAGAAAACUUGAACAAAAUCAAACAUACAAAACCAGCUUACAGUUAUGCCAGCAUGAUCAGGCUGGCAAUUAGCAGCUCUCCUAAUGGAAAGAUGACCCUGAAUGAAAUCUACAACUACAUCUGUAAUGCUUUCCCAUAUUACAAAGAAGCUGGCAAAGGUUGGAUGAACUCCAUUAGACACAAUCUCUCCUUGAAUAAGUGCUUCAUGAAGGUGCCUCGCAGCAAAGAUGACCCAGGCAAAGGUUCUUAUUGGGCAAUGGACAGCAGCUACAAAAUGGCAGAGGUCACGCCGCGGCGUCGACGCAGCCUCAGGAUGGCACCGUACAGUCCAGAGUGCAGUUCAAACAGCAGCGGUGAGGCUGGCAUUAUUCCAUCAGUGGUGGAUGCAGCACCCACUCCCCCAGCCACACCAACCACUCCCACAACACCCACAUCACCCACAGUCACCACAGUCAUCAAAGAGGAACCCAUUGUUAAAGAAGAAAAUGAUAUAAGUCACACAGAUGAUGCGCUCUCAGCACUGAUGAAUGAAGAAUUGAUGCCUGAUGUGGAUAUAAGUCGAGAGCGGUGGUGGUGGUGGGGCGCGCGGCGGCACGUGUGCGGCGCGGCGCGGCACAGCUCGCUCACCGACGACUACGGCAACUUCGUGGAGACGCGCGACGACUGCGACUGUCCGGUUGACGACGCGCCGCCCGCCCUCGCGCCCGCCCCCGUCACCCCGCCCGCCCUCGCGCCCGCGCCCGCCCUGACGAUCGCGCCCGCCUCAGCGCCCACCUCGCUCUGGCCCGGCGCGUUAUAA